UCGAAGCACGCGAUUCGCCUAGCUCCUCAUGCUAGUCUCGUCUUCCGAAUUGCUUGGGGCACAGCAUGAAGGAGAUGCUCGGAGGGUGCUGUGUGUGUUCUGACGAGAGGGGUUGGACCGAGAAUCCACUGGUGUAUUGUGAUGGACAGGGCUGUACUGUUGCCGUUCACCAAGCGUGUUAUGGCAUUGUUACUGUACCAACGGGACCAUGGUAUUGCAGGAAAUGUGAGUCGCAGGAACGUAGUGCACGUGUGCGAUGCGAAUUAUGUCCAAGUCGGGAUGGAGCCCUUAAAAGGACAGACCAAACUGGAUGGGCGCAUGUUGUAUGCGCUCUAUAUAUUCCAGAAGUUCGAUUCGGUAACGUGACUACAAUGGAACCAAUUAUAUUGCAGCUUAUCCCUCAAGAGAGGUUUACCAAGUCAUGUUACAUCUGCGAGGAACAAGGAAGAGGCAACCGAGCAAACGUAGGAGCAUGCAUGCAAUGUAACAAAACGGGCUGCAGGCAGCAGUUUCAUGUCACAUGCGCACAGGCUCUAGGCUUGCUCUGCGAGGAAGCUGGCAAUUAUCUUGACAAUGUAAAAUAUUGCGGAUAUUGCCAACAUCAUUAUUCGAAAUUGGUUGGUGAUUUGAUAAUUACUUCAGCGUCGCUCUCUCUGAAGAGUGGUUACUGCAUAACACGCUCGUCUGGGUUGCAGAAAAAAGGCGGUAAUGUGAAAACGAUACCGCCUUACAAGCCGAUACCCGCCGACAACGGCUCGUCGGACUCGUCGCCGGAGAAGGAAGCGGAAACGCCGAUUAAAACGUCGGGCGGCAAGCGGAAGAGCUCGAGCUCCAAGUCCACGACGAAUUCCAAAAGUAAAUCGAAUGCUAGUCCCAGUUUAGAGAUAAACGGCGUCGCGGACGACAAGAGUGGCAGCGGUCGCAAUACGCCCAAAGAUAAUUCCACGAGUUCCAGCAAGUUCACGACCUCCAACUUCGUCGAGACCAUCGUCACACAGUCGGAGAGCGUGUUCGGACACGACGGCGCCGCUAUCACGGUCGCGGCGGCGGCGGUGGCAGCAACUACCGUUUCCGCGAUGAAGACAGGCCCCGGCAAUUCCAACACUGCGCACAAGAACAUCGGUCAGACCAAGUCCAACUCUUCGACUUCCGGCAAGACGUCGAGUCACACUAGCAAAAAGAGGAAGACCGGAGCGCGCACACCGACCGUCAUAGGAAACGACAACUCGAAUCAGUCUGCGAGCUCGGAAGCCAGCGGGUCGGUCGUGGUCGCCGUUAGCUCUGUGAUGCAGCAGACAGUCCCUAGCAAUAACAUACAGCCGACAAUCAUCGAGGCCACUAGCCUGAGUACUACAAUAGAACCGGAAAAAAUGAAAAAAGUAAAGGUCGAAAGCCCGAUUCAAUCGUCUUCAAGCACACCAAUCGCCACGGAGGCAAGCACUACACCUGUGAUAAUGGCGAUGACGCAGACCCAAUCGUCAGUUCUUACCCAAUCGCCCACUACUUCGUCAAAUAGUAUAGUUGUCUCCGUGCCGUUGACUGCCACCUCACUUCCCAAUACAGUCCAGAGCGUGGUGACGAGCGCACCCACUCUGUAUCAACAGCUGCAGCAGAGUAUAAUCACCACAGCCGCCAAUACCGAGCCGCGAUCCAGCGCGAUGGCGUGUACCGAGAGAUUUCCCAUGGAGGAAAUGCCAGUGAAACGGUCUCGAUCUCAGUCGUCAGACAAGCAGGAGAAGGCUCGCAAGCCGAAGCGCGGCUCAAGCAACCAAGCGUCGAUUCAGCAAUCGCAAACCACUGCAUCGUCCGUCGUCACAUCUGUACCCAGUGCCACGGUUAUGACAACGUCCAAAAGAGGCGGCAGAAACAAUCAUCAGACUCCUCCGCCAGCAAUCACAAUAGCCCCGGUGCCGUCGAUAAUACAAGGCCCUACGUCAGGUAGCGGGCACUUUAGUGGCGUCGGAACAAGCCUCACAAGCACUAUCGGAGCCGCUACUGUCAAGGAAUCGCCGCCCAGCAGUCCUGGUUCGGAAAGUAUGAGCAGUAGCGGCCCGGGAAGACGAAAGAGGAAACUGAACACCACUACCAUGUCUAUGCCGUCCGCGUCGACUACGCCCACCACUCUCGCCAAUACCGCGUUGAAAGAGGAGAACAACGUGAAAUUGUUUCAAAACGGAGUGAGCGCACCACACAUGCUGGGCAAUCAAUUGAAUCCCACUUCGACGAUGGCGCAGAAAAUGUCGGAUACGCUCUCACAAGAGCUCGAGGCUCAUUCCAUCUUCACGGAAGCGAGCAACUCCAAUGUGAAUCUGGUGGGACCGCAGCUGCACAGCCGAGUGAUCGCGUCUAUACGGUCGGGUCAGUCGGUUGCGCCGCCUACUUCGUUCUCCUCGGUGUUCUCCACGAGCGGCAACAACACGAACACUGGUAUGGCUAAUACUAGUGGCACUCUAGGUGGUGGUGCGAUCCCGCAGUCGUUGGAUCAGCUCCUCGAGCGGCAGUGGGAACAAGGCAGUCAAUUCUUAAUGGAGCAAGCCCAGCAUUUUGAUAUCGCGUCGCUACUUUCCUGCCUACAUCAGUUGAGAGCUGAGAAUCUUAGGCUAGAAGAACAUGUAAAUAAUCUACUGCAGAGGAGAGACCACUUAUUGGCUGUGAAUGCUAGGCUCGCUAUACCAUUGACGACUCAGCCAAGUUCACAUCCAGUGAACAACAUACACCCGACGGUGAAUCCGUCUCACCCCAACGUCUCGCAUCCGGAAGUGCCACCCGGUGCGCCGGCUCCAGUACCAAGAGUGAAUCGCGAGGCGCGAGUAAACAACACGUACAUGCCGCAUUCAAGUUCCGCCAGUCAUCCGACAACACUAGAGAACGGUCUGCCACCGGAUCCUUCUCCACCCGCGGCGGCUUCUUUGUCGCAGUAUCAGCAUCGGGGAUCCCUUGUCGCUCCGCAACCGAGUCCCACAAUAAGGCACAGUCCAGCCGCUGGUGGGUACCUUCAAGGUCAGCCGAGCAACAUAGUAUCUCCGGCUCCAGCUAACACUUCCGGUAUAGUGCGAAACUCAUCCGUCACGCCGGAUCCGUUACGCGGAGUGCCAAGGUCUGCGGCGCAAUCGUCGAGUAAUUACAUGCCGCCGAUGUAUCAGCCAACUAUGCAGAGUCUCACCAGCAAUCAAGUAGGUAGCGUUCACAAUCUCCAUUCGCACGGACCUUCGCCGACCAGUCACGGGCCGUCGGGCAAACCCAGCUGAAGGCAUCAUCGUAUGUGAACAGUAAAUCCACAGAUGUACAAAUCUUAGAUCGUAAGUUAAUCUACCGCGCUAAAUAGCAAUAAUAAUAGUAGGUAUACAUUCUGACGACGUUAACUGCGUGUAUUUCUGGUGGUGCGCGACAAUUUGGGAUGCGCAAAAUUUUGUCCUGAAAGAGCGAAGCGUACGAAAGACACAUGACCGGAAGAAGAAGAAGAAGAAGAAAAAAAGAAAGAAAGGGAGAGAGAGAGAGAGAGAGAGAGAGAGAGAGAGAGAAAGAGAGAGAAGGAGAAAAAGAAAAGGAAACGGAGAGCGGGUAUUGUGAGAAAUCGCGUCCAAAGAGGUUUCCGAUCGGAAUCGUUCAGCCACUUCCUACUGUGUUUUCUAUUGCGUUUUCUAAGAAAGAAACGGACCGAUUCCGAUCGGAAAGUCUUCCCGGACAGUUCCAUGACACCUGGCUGGAUCAUUCGUUAACGAUCGAUCUCGACGCGUAAUUGGUGCGCGAGUAGUUCGCGAGGAGCUGCGGCGAACGACGGCGCUGACCGCAUCACUCGCACGACUUUCCUAUUUCUUCAGCGUACCACUGUUGAGACCACUGUCGCAGCGUGUACUGUUAUACAGCAAUGAUAUUGAAUGCAACCUAUUUCAAAGCUAAUUUAAUGUAUAUUCUACUCUAAUCUUAUACAUAAAGAAAAAAAAGAACGGAGAAUAACCUAAAUGUACAAGACGAGCACUGCCUUUCGCCAACAAGAGCUGUGAAGUAGGUUGAUCGCAAUGAGACGGUUUCUAGCGAACGCAUUGAUCGUUUUAACUUCGUUUUGUCCAUCUCCCCCAUCGCCCUCAUCUCGAAUCGCUCAUCUUAGUCCAAUUUUAGUCGACUCGACCGAUACUUUUUUUUUGUUUUUUUUAUCUCAUCGACAUCGCUGAAUAGAUUUCUCGAGGAAUGCAAGGAUAUUGUGCCAUUGUUUGAUCUGGACAGGAAAUAAACAGAGACACAAUAUUCCGGCCAUGAUCGUCGUAUGAUUUUGCGGCCAAUAAUAUUCUCACGUGGACACGCGAGAGAAAGACAAGUUCAGACCUCUCUACGAUUCUGCAUAUAUGCAAAAAAUUUGUACGUUAGAGUGUUUGUGAUCAGUGGAACAAUUUAAUUGAAUAAAUCUUAUCAAUUCGUUCAUAAAUAAACCAAAACGUCAACGGAAGCGAUUGCAAUGUUACCGAGUUGUCUCUCACUGUUAUGCGCAUUGUAAUUUACGCGGUGACUUUUGUUUCAUGACGAAGAGAAAUUCGGAUCCUUUUCGGACCCUCCCGAGUCGAGUCACGCGAGUCAGGAAAUGGCAUUCGGAAAAGACAAGAUCGAACCACGGCACAAAUCUUGAUUAUGUGAAUACUUCAAGAAAACUUGUGAAUACUUGCGGCACAUGUUAUACAUGUAUAUGUGUAUGUAUUGAUCGCGAUACGUGAGUAAUCGUCUAAAGUAUAGGGACGCACGAUCGUAUAAAGGCGGAACUAUGUUGCUUAAGAACGAUGUAUAUGCUUGUGUAUAUCCGAAAUCGAAAUUAAUCCGUUUGCUGCGCAUCUCGCGAUGACACAACAGCCGUUAAAUUUUCUAUCCACACCGAUGCAGUUUGAGGAAGAAAGAGAAAGGGAGAAAGAGAGAGAGA